AUGCCCAAACAAAAGAAAAAGUUUGUUUUUCGCCAUCUGAAAAUUGAAUAUUCCUGUGUACGAGACGUGCAAGAUGAACUUGGGCUUAAAGAAGGUGAGCCUAGAAACCCAGCUACAGCAAGCAAGGUGCAAGGUGAUCUUAGGGAUGUUGUUGCUUGUUCGCAUGAGGCAACUUCAAUACUGGACUAUAAUGUCGAUUUGGGGCACUUCUUCUCCUUAUUUAGCUUGAAAGUGGGAGAGGACUUCCAUAGAGUGAGCCCUUCGUCGAAUUCCAACAAUACCGAUAAAGAAGCAAAUCAUUCAGGUCCUUCUUUACCAACUGCUUCGUCAAAUGGUCUCAAGCUUGCUUACACUGCCCUGAAAAAAGGAGUUGUCAAGCUGGACAAAGAUGACGUUGAUGAUGUUAAAGAGACCUGGGGAUAUUGUCUCAUGGGCUAUUUCACUCAUAGACAUCCUGGUAAAGAGGCCUUGCUCAAAAUUUGUAACUCAUGGAAAGUGGACGUUCUCCAUGGUGGACCUUACACGAUGUUUGGGCGUUCCCUUCUUUUGAAAAUGCUUCCCGAUUGGUUUCGUUUUGGAGAUGACGACAUCAAGAUUACCAGUAAGGCCAUAGACAAAAUAGCUUCGGGAAUUGGUAAGCCAAUCACCACCGAAAAACUUACUGAAACCAAACAAAGGUGCAGCUAUGAACGGGAGAUAGACCUCUCCAAGGAACGAGAGUAUGCCAUUCAAGUGGAAACACCCAACGGUUCUUGUUUUGCCCAAGCAGUGGUCAAUGAAUUCGUUCCUCAUUAUUGCAAUCGUUGUAAUCACAUAGGCCACCCACCAUCAAAAUGCCACAUUUUGCCUAUGAAGUCUAAGAAGAAAAAGAGUCGUGCCCAACCCGAAAAACAAAUUGCAGCAGAUGCUAAAGGAGUCACUAAGGCAACUAAGAGGCAUCACCAACACAUAGAUAGUGAGGCUGAUAAACUUGAGUCCUCAGAUCAAGGAAAUAAGUCCACCGGGGACAAUGUGUUGCUCAAUAAGGCUGGAGACCAGCCCGUUGAGAAGGAGACAAUUCGUGAGAACGCGCAACUUUCAAAAGCCGAGGUUAAAAGGCCCAAGGGAACCAGUGAACCAGAAAAGGGACAAGGGCUGGAAAUUGCCCAAGCCCUUGAAGCCAGGGUAAUGUGGCCAAGAACUCGUAGCCUUCUAAAGCCGAGGGUAAAAGGCCCAAGGCAACCAGUGAUCCUGCAGAGGAAUAAGGGCUGGAACUUUCCCAUGCCUAUGAAGAUGAGGAACAAUCCUUUCAAUUGCGUUCUUGAAGAUUCAAAGAAAGAUUCAAGCGCGUUCAACCUCAAGACUGGCGUUGAAUCUGGAAACAAGCUGCAAAGCCUCCGAAUAACGUUAGUAAACUCAAAACCGGCGUGGAGAAGAUUCAAGAUCUACUUUGCGGCGAAGACCAAGGUUCGUGUUCUUCGCGUUCUUGUGAUAUAA